AUGAGCGUGCUCUCGAAGGUUCCGCGAUCUCUUCUCACCGGUGCCAAGCAGCAGACGCUGCGCUCCGUCUCGACGAUGACGGCUGGCACGCCGAUCCUCACCAAGGGCCCGACCAAGUACGGCGGUGUGUACACGGCUACCCUGAUCCCGGGUGAUGGUGUCGGUAAGGAGAUUACCGACUCGGUCAAGGAGAUCUUUGACAAGCUCAACGUCCCGGUCGAGUGGGAGCAGUUCGAUCUCUCGGGUGAGAUGCAGGGCAACGAGUCGCAGUUCCAGCAGGCGAUGGACAGUCUGCGCCGCAACAAGGUCGGCCUGAAGGGCACGCUCUUCACCCCGACUGGCGCGGGCUCGCACAACUCGUGGAACGUGGCUAUGCGCCAGAAGCUCGAUAUCUACGCGUCGAUGGUCUUCUGCAAGACCCUCGAUGGCUUCCCUACGCGUCACAAGGAUGUGGACUUCACCAUCAUUCGUGAGAACACCGAGGGUGAGUACUCGGGUCUCGAGCACUCGCCUUCGCCGGGCAUCGUCGAGUCGCUCAAGGUCUCGACGCGCUUCAAGGCGGAGCGUAUCUCGCGCUUCGCGUUCGACUUUGCGCUGAAGAACAACCGCAAGACGGUGACUUGCGUGCACAAGGCCAACAUCAUGAAGCUCGGUGACGGUCUCUUCCUCAACACCUUCCGCAAGGUCGCGGAGGAGUACAAGAGCGCGGGUAUCAGCUCCAACGACAUGAUUGUCGAUAACACCUCUAUGCAGCUCGUCUCGCGCCCGCAGCAGUUCGACGUGAUGGUCAUGCCGAACCUGUACGGUAACAUUGUGUCGAACAUCGGUGCCGCGCUGGUCGGUGGCCCUGGUACCGUUCCGGGCGCCAACAUCGGCCGCGACUACGCUCUUUACGAGCCGGGCUGCCGUCACGUCGCCAAGGACAUUAUGGGCACCAACAAGGCCGACCCGACUGCCAUGAUCCUCAGCGCCACCAUGAUGCUCCGCCACUUUGGCCUGGACUACCAGGCGAACCAGAUCGCUGCUGCCGUCUACCGCGUGAUCAGCGAGGGCAAGGUCCGCACGGCGGACAUGGGUGGUUCUUCGACCACGCAGCAGUUCACUGAGGCCGUGCUGCAGAACCUGUAG